GCCCUCAAAUGCCACGCCAUUUCUCAAGUGUUUCCCUCUCAGAAAGAAUUUCACUGCCCACUUCCAUUUAUUAGAGGCAGAGGGGAUCGAGUUUGCAAGUGCUAUUCCAACGUAGAAAGCGGAGAAUUGAGAAUACAAAAGAACCCUAUUUUAGGCCCACUCGCUCCCUCUGUUUCUUUAAUACCCCCCUCUCUUCCUCUUCCUUUUUGGGUUUUAAGGAUGUGAAGUGGCUCUGCUUUUUUUUUUUUUGUUCUUGUGUUGGAAUUUCGGAAGGAAGGAACCGUCAAAGGUUUCCCUUCCAAAUUUUCUCACCAUUUCUCUCAUCCGGAUACCGGGCACCACUCAUCAAGUUUCGAAAAAUCUUCUCCUCUUCGAAAGGGCUUCUUAAAUCUCCUGGCCUGAGCGCUUAGCUAGUGAAGAGUAAUUGGUGUCAACCUCGGACGGGGUAUUGCUCUUAAAUAUUUCCUGGUAAUGGUUUGGUGAGAAGUCCUUUGCAUGUUGCUCCUUUGAGAAGAGACUCUUUUGUUGAUUGGAGAAAGUAAUUGCUGCUUAAAUGGCUAACGUUUGUUGGCCAUACUUUGAUCCUGAGUAUGAGAACUUGAGCACUAGGAUUAAUCCUCCAAGGGUAUCUGUAGACAACACUAGUUGCAAUGACAGUACUCUUGUUAAGGUUGACAGCAUGAACAAACCAGGAAUUCUCCUGGAAGUUGUGCAAGUCCUAACGGAUCUUGACCUCAUUAUCACCAAAGCUUACAUCUCCUCAGAUGGUGGUUGGUUCAUGGAUGUAUUUCAUGUCACUGACCAACAAGGAAAGAAGAUUACAGAUAUUAAAACCAUUGACUACAUAGAGAAGGCUCUAGGACCUAAAAGCCAAGAAGAAGUGUCUACUUGGGCAGACAAACGGGUUGGAGUGCACUCUGUUGGUGGGCACAUUGCCAUUGAACUCAUUGGCAAGGAUCGCCCUGGUCUUUUAUCUGAAAUCUCAGCCGUCCUUGCUAACCUUCACUUCAAUGUGGUUGCUGCUGAAGUUUGGACCCAUAAUAGGCGGAUAGCAUGUGUUGUCUAUGUCAACGAUGACACCACAUCUCGUGCUGUAGCUGACCCAACCAGAUUGUCUAUAAUGGAGGACCAGCUCAAGAACAUUCUACGCGGGUGUGAGAAUGAUGAGGCGGGUCGAACUAGUUUCUCCAUGGGGUUUACUCAUGUUGACCGUAGGCUGCACCAAAUGUUGUUUGCCGACAGGGAUUAUGAAGGUGGAAUAGUGGCUACUGAGGUUGAUUGUCCACCCUCCCUAAAGCCAAAGAUCACAGUUGAGCGUUGUGAGGAUAAAGGAUACUCUGUGGUCACUGUUAGAUGCAAAGACCGUGCCAAGUUGAUGUUUGACAUAGUGUGCACUCUCACAGAUAUGCAAUAUGUUGUUUUCCAUGCUACAAUCUCGUCUGAUGGCCCCCAUGCAUCACAGGAGUACUAUAUUCGUCACAUGGAUGGUUGCGUACUUGAUACCGAAGGAGAGAAGGAAAGAGUUAUCAAAUGCCUCGAAGCUGCGAUUAGAAGAAGAGUAAGCGAGGGUCUGAGCCUUGAGCUCUGUGCAAAGGAUAGAGUAGGCUUACUAUCUGAAGUUACAAGGAUUCUGCGAGAGAAUGGAUUAGCCGUAUCAAGAGCAGGAGUCAUGACGAUAGGAGAGCAAGCAACGAAUGUUUUCUAUGUAAGAGAUGCUUCUGGGAAUCCAGUGGAUACGAAGAUUAUCGAAGCACUUCGUAAAGAAAUCGGGCACACCAUGAUGCUUAAUGUGAAGAAAACACCUGCUAGUUCCAGAGAACCUGAAGCUAGAGGAUGGGCCAAAACAAGUUUCUUUUUCGGGAAUUUGCUGGAAAGGUUCUUGGCAUGAGAACAUUUCUGUAUUGCUGUCGCCGAAAUAAUGAACUGUACAGGACAAUAAACCUCUUCAUUACCAAAGCAUGAACUAUGGACAGGGCUUGCACUAGACUUUGUUCAAUAUUCAAAGAAUAAAUCUUGCAAGCUAAUGAAGUUCGAACCUUCAGUUG